CGGUGCCUCAUCUUCCUCGAAAAUUUUUCAGAAGUUGAGCAGCGAGAACUGAUGAAGGACAUGACGUGGUGAUACGACUUGCCAAAGAUAAAGGAAAAUCUGUUGGCCGGAAGUUUCAACCAAAUGCUUUACCGUCUCCUGAAGCAGCAAAAGGAGGACCGUGAGAAGGAAGGGGUAAGCGCGGACAAGGAUCAAGCCGUUUACAAAACCCUGACUGACAUGCGGAACAUGAUGGCGGACAUGAAGGAGGAAAGGCUAAAGCUACAGGUGAUGAUGGUCCAGACAAAAGGUGGGAGAAGGAAGGGCAAAGCACCCGUUGCGGAGGAAGUGRGUAGUAGCAGCAGUGAAGAGGAAGACGAGGAGGAAGMGGAGCCUCCUCGAAAAUUGACCAAGGCAGAACGGAAGGCCCUAAAUCAAAUACAAGGAGGGCAAGGCACUAGUAAAAAGCAACGAAACAAUAAUGGAGGAGGUGGACAAGGAAGCAACCAGGAACAGACKGCGCAGACCCCUCCUCAGCAACCCCAACCUCAGGCAGGACGCCGAGGCCUAGGUCAAGGUAGAGGACAAGGCACUGGGGGAGGCCGAGGAAAUGGGGGCGGCCGAGUUGGAGCAAAACGUAAGUACAAGAGAGUAGGCGAGAAAGCUCGGCCAGUUCCCGUCUUGAUCACGCAAGAGGAAGAAGUGUACUAUAAAGAGGAGAGAGAAUGGAUCAGGAUGAGGAAAGAAAAGAGUAUGAAGGCGCCAUGUCGAUUGACGGAGGAGAGGAUUAAGAAUAUGAUCAUUGGAGAGGAAGGGUCUCUUACUGAGAAGGAGGUGGACUUCCUUGUCAGCGUCAUGAAGAAAACUCAUCUGGCUUAUGCCUUCGAUGAUGAUGAGCGAGGGAGGCUUGACGUUGACAUGAUCCCAAUUAUCAGAAUUCAUACGGUACCUCACGAGCCGUGGAACAUACGAGGCCCACGUUAUCCGAACCCGGAUGAUCACCGUAGAGUCGUUGAAUAUUUGGACAGUAAAAUCCAAACAAAGGUCGCGGAUUACUCGUAUGGACCAUAUGCGUCCCCUUGGUUUUGUUUCAUCAAGCCAAGUGGCGUAUUGCGAUGGGUGCAGAAUCUACAGAGGCUGAACUCAGUGACGGUUCGUGAUGCCGGGGGACUUCCGCAUGCCGAUCAGCUGUCUGAGUCGUGCGCAGGCAGACCUAUCAUCACUCUCAUUGACUUGUACUUAGGAUAUGAUCAAUUCCCUCUCUACACGGUAGACAGGCCGAUGACGGCCAUGCAUACGCCGAGGGGAUUAAUUCAUAUGUGUGCGGCGCCUCAGGGAUGGAUGAACGCCGUAGCGAUUGUUCAGAUGUAUAUGAUGAGAGUCAUGCAGCCACUUUGUCCGGACGUGACCUCACCUUAUAUCGAUGACUUGGCCAUACCUGGACCGCGCGUGAGGGAUGAGACGGAGGUGCUGCCAGGCAUUCGAAAGUUUGUUUGGGAGCACGUCCGUAAUGUGGAGAAGGUCCUGUCCAAGUUAAAGAAUUUUUUGGGGACUUGCGGAUUUUGGCGCAUCUUCAUUCGCAAGUUUGCAGCAAGGGUGGAGCACCUAUGGAAGUUGGUGCGUAAAAUUCAGGAACGGGAAUGGGGUCCAAAGCAGCAGGCAGCAGUCGACGACAUCAAGGCACAAUUCCGAGAAGGAGGGUUGAUCCUGGGGGUUCCGUACUUUGACAAUGACCCGAAUCGGCCCUUUGUGGUUGAAACAGAUGCAGGCCCCACAACAUUGGGUGGUGUCCUCAUCCAAAAGGAUGGAGAAGGGCGAGAAAGGCCAUUGAGAUUUGAAAGUCGAACGCUGAAUGAGGCAGAACGGAAGUAUUCCCAAUUUAAAAAGGAAAUUCUUGCAAUGCUUCAUUGCUUCAGGAUCUUCCGAAACUACGUGUUUGGAAGAUGGUUCGUCCUGCGGGUUGAUCCGAUCGCCCUGACGCAGUCAUUGAAGAAUUUUUCUCCCUCGGAUCCAACUAUUGCUCGAUGGUUGAUCUAUAUCUGGAUGUUCGAUUUCGAGAUCGAGCGUAUUGCGGGAACACAAAAUCGAGCCGACGGAUUGAGUCGGAUCGAGUGGGACUCCUCAAAAGAUCAGGCAGAAGACUCGGUUCCUGUGGAUGGGUUCUUGGAGGCGGACGAGCAACAAUUAAGUAUCAAUGUUUGGGAGUACAUCACUAAUGCCUCAUCCCGACCUGGGAAGUCUAUCUGGAGUUCGUCGAAUUGUUAUCAAAGACGUUCAGAACUUGUAAGGAGAGAACUCUUUAUUGAGGAGGAUCCUUGGGGCAAACGAUCUGCUGAGCAAAUGAUGAGGUUGGCAUUGUCGGAUCCGGUACGACUGUUAGAAGAGCCACUUACGAUUGAAGGAGGACAUAAGCAAGACGACGAAGUCCUCAGGACCUCCUCGGGAAUGAUAUUUCUCGUUAAUUCGUUAAUACAGGAGGAUCGCGACAGGUUAAUGUUGGAAGAAGGGGAAGGCAGUGAGAUCAAAGAAGCCUUUCGCGAGGAAGAAUAUGAUGAGACUUAUAAGAAGAUUGGGCUCUGGUUGAAUGGGGACCUGAACGAGGCAGAGAUAGAGCCAGAAAUAAGAGAGAAGGCAAAAAAUUUUGGUUGCGAUACUGGAAUCGAAGGGAAUGUGGUGARACUCGAAUMUAAAGCGGGGCUUGAUGUCGAGAUGUUAUCCUUUGUGGAGGAUUACACCACUCCUCGACGCAGUCACAUAGAGUUUGGGGAUAUURGGACAUAAUAAUCCUGGGUAUUUGUAAAGUUGCACGAUCGGAUGGGUUAUGGAACUCAGGUAAAGGACUUAAAUAAAAGGUUCUUGUAUUG